AUGGUUUCCAUCGUUUUAGGCAGUCAAUGGGGAGAUGAAGGAAAGGGAAAGAUCACAGACAUGCUGUCGCAGCAGGCGACGCUGUGCUGUCGUGCAGCUGGUGGCCACAACGCCGGCCACACCAUCGUCCACGAAAACGUCACCUACGACUUCCACAUCCUGCCCUCCGGUCUCGUCUCACCGAAGUGUAUUAACCUGAUUGGUGCCGGUACCGUCUUCCACGUGCCCAGCUUCUUCAAAGAGUUGGCCGCCAUCGAGGCGAAGGGCUUGAAGGGCGCCGCUCAGCGCAUCUUCGUCUCUGACCGCGCGCACGUCUGCUUCGACCUGCACUCUGUCGUCGAUGGUCUGGAGGAGAAGGGUCUUGGUGGCCGUAAGGUCGGCACCACCGGUAAGGGUAUCGGCCCCUGCUACAGUGACAAGGCUGCGCGCCGUGGUGUGCGCGUUGGUGAGAUUCUGGAUGAGCAGACUUUCGAGCGCAAGCUGCGCACUCUUGACACCGCUUACCGCACGCGGUACGGAGACAUCGAAUACAGUGUCGAGGAUGAGAUUGCCCGCUUCAAGGAAUACCGCAACCUCCUGAAGCCGCACAUCGUCGACCAGCUCGAGUUCCUGCAGGAGCACAAGAACUCGCCUAACACACUGGUCGAAGGCGCCAACGCCCUGAUGCUCGACCUCGACCACGGCACAUACCCCUUCGUGACCUCGUCAUCAACAGGCCUUGGCGGCGCCGUGCAAGCCCUGGCCCUGAACCCCUCCAGCAUCAAGUCCGUGAUCGGCGUGGUGAAAGCCUACACGACACGCGUGGGCUCCGGCCCCUUCCCCAGCGAGCAGCUCAACGCCGACGGCGAGAAGCUGCAGCAGGUCGGUCGCGAGUUCGGCGUGACGACCGGCCGUCGCCGCCGCUGCGGCUGGCUGGAUCUGGUUCUGUGCCGCUACUCGCACGCCAUCAACCACUACACCGCGCUGAACCUGACCAAGCUCGAUGUUUUGGAUGACUUUGAUGAGAUCAAGGUCGGCGUUGCUUACCACUUGCCCUGUGGAAAGCGGACCACUUGUACUUUCCCGGCUGAUCCUAACGUUGUUGAGAAGAUUGAGGUUGAGUAUGUUACUCUGCCUGGUUGGAAGUCUAACACUAUGGGUGUUACUCGCUAUGAGGAUCUGCCUGCCAAUGCUCGUGCCUAUAUCGAGUUCAUUGAGCGUGAGAUUGGUGGUGUUCCUGUUAAGUGGAUUGGUACUGGUCCUGCCAGAGAGCACAUGAUUGCCCGUGAAUAA